UAAAGGUUAAUAAACUGGUUAGUUGAGUGAAAUGCUGGCGAAAAGUCUGCUGGUUUUUGCCACACUUGUGCUAAUUAUUGACGUGCGGAACGCCAGCAAGUUGCCGCUCUUUCCCAAAACGCGGAAUUAUUCAGAUGAGUCAAUUUCCCCCUGCUCCAACUUUUACGCCUACGCCUGCAACACUUGGACCAAACAGGCCAAAAAACCGACAUUUGAACCCGUAUGGAACCCCUGGAUGGCCGUUAAUCACAAAAUCAAACGUCGAUUAUCCCAAAUUUUAACUCGUCACGACUCCUUCUUAACCCAACCACAAUUUUUUUACCGCUCCUGCCUUAACACUAAAGACCACUUGAACGAAUUAAAAACCUUCAUUGAUAAUUUAGGUGGUUGGUCGUUAAUUGCGAAUAAACGGGACGACAAUGAGUGGUUCCAACAACUGGCUGUGGUUACUCGAAUUUUGGGGAUUCACCCAAUUUUGAAAAUCCACGUCGAUUUGGACUACAAGGACCCGAAAAGUUAUGCCAUUUACGUCGAACCGGGGAAUUUGAUUUUCCCCGAGUAUAUUUUGACCGGUUUUGAGUACAAAACCGAACUGGAAGCGUACGAAAAGUGGAUCUAUGAGACCGUGAAUCAUUUAUCUGGGGGCAAAAAACGCAUAAAUAAGGACCAAAUUAGAGAAAUCAUCAAAUUUGAAAUGUACUUAGCGACUGCGCGAAACAACGACGCGAGAAAUGAACGCACAACUGUUGAAAAAUUGUCGCAGAAAUUUUCAAUUGAUUGGAUCAAAUUUCUCGACUACAUUUUCGGGAGCUUUUCAAUUAUAGCCCCGAAUACGACUGUGAUAGUCAAGAAUUACAAUUAUUUGAAAAAACUGUUCCUUCUAGUCAGUCAAGUGGGGAACAGGGUUGCACGGAAUUAUUUGAUGUGGUCGGUCAUUAAGGACUUAUCCCGAGACACUGAUCGUUAUUUGAGAAACUUAAAUUUUUUGAUCGACCAAGCGAUUCUAGGGGUCCAGGAAGAUUUGUCGCGUGAAUUUGAAUGUCUGGACAAAGUUAUUGCACACUUUAGCCCUUUGUUGGUCCCCAAAUAUUUAAAAUUAUUCGUCAAUCCCCGAAUUUUCCCCGAUGUUAAAUCAAUGGUUGAAUCAAUCAAAAGCGAAUUCGUCCAGAUUUUGUUGCAAUGUGAUUGGUUGAGCAACGAAGGGAAAUCGGUACUUGUUGAGAAAAUUAAAAAUAUUAAGUUGCACUUGGGGUACCCUUCUUGGAAUUUCCACGCUCUUAAAAGACAUUACGGCAAAGUAAAAAUGACCGAUAAUCAUUUCAUAAAUACGCUUGCAUUGAAACAAUUCAAAACAUCGCACAGUUUGGCCCGUUUAGCUGAGCAAAAACCACAAACACUGUGGCCCUCAAGCCCGUUCGACGUGAACGCCUAUUACAGCGUCCUCCAAAAUUCAAUUUUUAUUCCUUUAGGAAUGUUAGAAGCGCCGUUCUACCAAUACAAAAGAGAGGAAAUUUCGAAUUUUGGGGCUUUAGGUUCGCUCAUUGGCCACGAAAUUUCGCACUCUUUGGAUCCAGCAGGUAUUUUAGCUGACCCAAGUGGAAAAAUCAGGAAGUGGUUGCCAGAUCGGGACUUAAAGCUUUACAAAAAUCGAAUUUCGUGCUUUAAUGGUAGUCACACAAUUGGCGAAACAAUCGCCGAUUCAAACGGGUUAAAAAUUAGCAUAAAUGCGUUCAAAAAACGAAGUCCUGGGCGGAAAAAUGGGCAGUUUUUUAUCAGCUUUGCUCAGGUUUGGUGCGAGAUUUCGGAAGACACUGACAUUUUCACAGGAGACGAACACGCCCCUGUUUCCCAGCGAAUCCAACACAUUUUAUCCAACGAAGACUUUCAAAAAACGUUCAAUUGUGGCGCGAAAACUUCAUGUGACUUGUGGUAGAAAUAAAUUUUAAAAGUGA